AUGGGGAGGGUCCAGGUGGGCAUCUCUUCACGGCGGCGGUCCGGUGCGGGCUGUAGACCCCCCUGCGCCCGCAGAUCCCUUCACUUUGGUGGCGGCCCUGGUGCAUGGACCUUCACUGGAGGAAACGUGCCGCAGAUCAUCGCCGAAGCAACCAGACCACCGAUCAUUGCUGGAGGCUCUGGACCGGAGACCGUCGCUGCAUGGAUCAUCACUGCAGGCUCCGGACCGCGGAUCGACGCUGGAGGCUUCCCCGGCAAGUGUGGGGAGCUGAAACAGGCUGCACUGGGCUUUGCUGGCAAACCGGGGACACCGUGUGUAGAGCUGGCGCUGGAUAACCUGGACCGAGGAGAUGCCCAGGAGACCAGGAACGCCGGCAUCCUGUUGGAACGCAGCCCAGCAGGCAUCCGGUUGGAACGCAGCCCAGCAGGCAUCCGGUUGGAACGCAGCCCAGCAGGCAUCCUGUUGGAACGCAGCCCAGCAGGCAUCCGGUUGGAACGCAGCCCAGCAGGCAUCCGGUUGGAAUGCAGCCCAGCAGGCAUCCUGCUGGAAUGCAGCCCAGCAGGCAUCCUGCUGGAACGCAGCCCAGCAGGCAUCCUGUUGGAACGCAGCCCAGCAGGCAUCCGGUUGGAAUGUAGCCCAGCAGGCAUCCGGUUGGAAUGCAGCCCAGCAGGCCUCCUGUUGGAACGCAGCCCAGCAGGCCUCCUGUUGGAACGCAGCCCAGCAGGCAUCCAGUUGGAACGCAGCCCUGAAGGCAUCCUGUUGGAACGCAGCCCAGCAGGCAUCCGGUUGGAACGCAGCCCAGCAGGCAUCCGGUUGGAACGCAGCCCAGCAGGCAUCCGGUUGGAAUGCAGCCCAGCAGGCAUCCGUGUCCCUGGUAGUGUCCCUGGUAGUGUCCCUGAUAGUGUCCCUGGUAGUGUCCCUGGUAGUGUCCCUGAUAGUGUCCCUGGUAGUGUCCCUGAUAGUGUCCCUGGUAGUGUCCCUGGUAGUGUCCCUGGUAACAUAUCUGAUUGUGCCCCUGAUAGUGUCCCUGGUAGUGUCCCUGGUAGUGUCCCUGGUAGUGUCCCUGGUAGUGUCCCUGGUAGUGUCCCUGGUAACAUAUCUGAUUGUGCCCCUGAUAGUGUCCCUGGUAGUGUCCCUGGUAGUGUCCCUGGUAGUGUCCCUGGUAGUGUCCCUGGUAGUGUCCCUGAUAGUGUCCCUGAUAGUGUCACUGGUAGUGUCCCUGGUAGUGUCCCUGAUAGUGUCCCUGAUAGUGUCACUGGUAGUGUCCCUGAUAGUGUCCCUGGUAGUGUCCCUGAUAGUGUCCCUGAUAGUGUCACUGGUAGUGUCCCUGGUAGUGUCCCUGAUAGUGUCACUGGUAGUGUCCCUGGUAGUGUCCCUGAUAACAUAUCUGAUUGUGCCCCUGAUAGUGUCUCUGGUAGUGUCCCUGGUAGUGUCCCUGAUAACAUAUAUGAUUGUGCCCCUGAUAGUGUCCUUGGUAGUGUCCCUGGUAGUGUCCCUGGUAGUGUCCCUGAUAGUGUCCCUGGUAGUGUCCCUGGUAACAUAUCUGAUUGUGCCCCUGGUAGUGUCCCUGGUAGUGUCACUGAUUGUGCCCCUGGUAGUGUCCCUGGUAGUGUCACUGAUUGUGUCCCUGGUAGUGUCCCUGAUAACAUAUAUGAUUGUGCCCCUGGUAGUGUCCCUGGUAGUGUCACUGAUUGUGUCCCUGGUAGUGUCCCUGGUAACAUAUCUGAUUGUGCCCCUGAUAGUGUCCCUGGUAGUGUCCCUGGUAGUGCCCCUGAUAGUGUCUCUGGUAGUGUCCCUGGUAGUGUCCCUGAUAACAUAUAUGAUUGUGCCCCUAAUAGUGUCCUUGGUAGUGUCCCUGGUAGUGUCCCUGGUAGUGUCCCUGGUAGUAUCCCUGGUAACAUAUCUGAUUGUGCCCCUGGUAGUGUCCCUGGUAGUGUCACUGAUUGUGUCCCUGGUAGUGUCCCUGCUAGUGUCCCUGGUAACAUAUCUGAUUGUGCCCCUGAUAGUGUCUCUGGUAGUGUCCCUGGUAGUGCCCCUGAUAGUGUCCCUGGUAGUGUCCCUGGUAGUGUCACUGGUAGUGCCCCUGAUAGUGUCCCUGGUAGUGCCCCUGGUAGUGUCCCUGGUAGUGUCACUGGUAGUGUCCCUGGUAGUGUCCCUGGUAGUGCCCCUGAUAGUGUCCCUGGUAGUGCCCCUGAUAGUGUCCCUGGUAGUGUCCCUGGUAGUGUCCCUGGUAGUGUCACUGGUAGUGCCCCUGAUAGUGUCCCUGGUAGUGCCCCUGGUAGUGUCCCUGGUAGUGUCACUGGUAGUGUCCCUGGUAGUGUCCGUGGUAGUGCCCCUGAUAGUGUCCCUGGUAGUGUCACUGAUAACAUAUCUGAUUGUGCCCCUGAUAGUGUCCCUGGUAGUGUCCCUGGUAGUGCCCCUGAUAGUGUCCCUGGUAGUGUCCCUGGUAGUGUCCCUGAUAGUGUCCCUGGUAGUGCCCCUGGUAGUGUCCCUGGUAGUGUCACUGGUAGUGUCCCUGGUAGUGUCCCUGGUAGUGCCCCUGAUAGUGUCCCUGGUAGUGUCCCUGGUAGUGUCACUGGUAGUGUCCCUGGUAGUGUCCCUGAUAGUGUCCCUGGUAGUGUCCCUGGUAGUGUCCCUGGUAACAUAUCUGAUUGUGCCCCUGAUAGUGUCCCAGGUAGUGUCCCAGGUCGUGUCACUGAUAACAUAUCUGAUUGUAACUGUCUCUCAUGA